CGCUUCUGUUUGUAUUACGGCACAUUCAAAUUGAGGUUUCCUCAGUGAAGUCACUGUCCAUCCCUUAUCAAAAUGGCUUUUAAGUUCGUCGUAUUCGUAUGCGCAAUCGCCGCUGCGCAAGCCGGUGUCAUCAGCCCCGUGGCUUAUACCGCCCACCCAGCUCCAGUAGCGUAUGCUGCCGCGCCCGUGGUCCACGCUGCACCAGUUGUGCACGCGGCCCCACUCGCCAAAGUUGCAGUUGAAGAAUACGACGCCCAUCCCCAAUACAGCUUCGCGUACGACGUUCAAGACGGUUUGACUGGUGACUCCAAGAGCCAACACGAAACCCGUGACGGCGAUGUUGUCCAAGGCUCCUACUCCGUUGUCGACCCCGAUGGCACCAAGCGUACCGUUGAAUACACCGCUGAUCCCCACAACGGUUUCAACGCUGUUGUACACAAGGAAGCUCUCGCUGUGAAAGCUGUUGCUCCAGUCGCUAAAGUAGCUGCACCUGUUGCUUAUGCCGCUGCCCCCGUCGUUCACGCUGCCCCAGUUGUCCACGCUGCCCCACUUGCAUACUCCGCCCCACUCUACCACCACUGAACAACGAACUAGUCAAUAUACGACCCUAAAGUAUUAAAAACUAUAUUUAUUGCCAAUAAAUAAAUGUAUUAUUAAUAAA